UUUCACUCCUGGCAAGGCUGAUCGUCGCUUCAUGACGUUUCACCUUGCAAACCGAGGAUCCCAUUCUUGGCAUUCACGGCGCCUCCUUGUCCUCUUGCUCCAUGUCGAGCGGUGCUUGCUCGUUGCCUUUUACCCGCUUUGGCUGCUGCUUUUUCUUUUUCCGCGCCUACCGCGUCUCUAGCUCUCCCUCCUUUUUUGCAGUUGCGCUUUCUUUCGACACUACUCUGGCUGAGGCAGCUUCAGCUCCGGAACCCAUCAUGUUAACUGGUGAGCAAUGGGCGGACCUACUCUUUGGCUACAUGCGUAUCGUCGACAAACGUUGUGCCCAGGCUGCUUGGCCCAUCUGGCACAAAUAUGAUUCGCUCCGCGCAAGCGGCAAAAACCGUGCAGCUCCUGGCACUGAUAUGGAUGCUGCAUUAUUGUUCGUUGGGUCUUCCUGCUUCUACCUUACCUGUUGCCUCUACGCUUCCUCGUUCGGCCCUGUAAGUGCUCGAGGAACGGUUCCCCCCAUUUUUUUUGUUUUGUCCCAAACCUGCCAAGCGCACCAAGCCCGAGCCAAACCAGUCCCCUUUUCCAGCUGCAUGCGACGGUGUAUAAUCCAAAUGGCUACUCAUCCAGGCAUUCUUCAGGAAUGUAUCAGCCUCUCCCCCCCCAAGCAUUCCAACGUGGGACGGAAAGGUGAGUGGGCCUGGGAGGGCAAGUCUGUCUUCUGCGUCGAUUGCAACUCUGGCCAUGCUCACUACUGCGCCUAUUUUAGACAAGACGGUCAUUCAGCACGCUUCGACAACAACUAAAGUCAAGGGGAUUCGCCUCUGCCGGUUCCCUUUUGCAGUUCCGUUUCCGCUUAGGUCCAGCUAUUUUCUCACACGCAAUCUCUUUGUUGAGCCUUGCUUACCUGCAACGACUCAAUACUCACAUUCCUGAUUGCGUCCAGCAUGACUCUUCCAGGGGCAACCCACACCUUCCCUCCAGCGCGAUCCCGCCGAGCCAUUUUGGCAACGGGUUUCUAUCCAAUGUUUUUUCUUUGUUGCACCCCUGCAUACUCAAAAGGCUUUUUCGCGCGCCAAUUUCCUAAUUCCACUCUUACAUUCAUGGCUGGCCCCAUCCAACCCGUUCCCCUUGGU